UUCUAGAGCCGAACCAUCAGCUGAAAUGGCCAUCCCUCCAACCAACCACACAUUCGCAACUCCAGGAGGGCGGGCCGGCGUGUGAUUCCAAUCCUCGCCUGCAUUGUGGGCUCUCUAGAUCCUUGCGAAACGCUAGACAUGACAUAAACCCACAGACCAUUCACGGCGGAUCUACAUUCAUGCUUGUAAUGAAGGGUCUCUAUGCCCUUGCUACAACAAUGUCUUUAAAAGGCCGCCCGAAUUCGUCAUUGCCAUUCACUUUGCUAAACACUCCUUCAUAUCUAUCCAUUCUGACCUCGGAUAGCAUACCUGGCCAACGCCUUUGCCAUACAGGUCACUAAACCUGUUCUUUAAAACAACAAAAUCAAACUACACCAUGGCAGCCCAAAAGGUCCAUAUUGAUCCAGGCCAGCCUAGUGAAGAGCAUGUCGGUUCAGACGAUCAUAGCUUUGACCAAGGAUUUUCUCACAGACACAUGUCGGUGCGCGAAUAUGCUGUGACGAGAUUUACUAGCCUCAAGCCCCCAAUGGCCAAAGCGCCGAACCCCAUACGGUUACUCCUAAUGUUGAAUCGACAGCAGUGGCUCUUUUUCCUGGUUGCCUUCAUCGCAUGGACUUGGGAUGCCUUUGACUUCUUCACCGUCUCAUUGACGGUGACUGAUCUCGCCGAGACUUUUGGCAAGACCAAUGCUGACAUCACAUGGGGCAUCACCUUGGUGUUGAUGUUCCGAUCUGUUGGUUCGACCAUUUUUGGCAUCGCAGCAGACCGAUAUGGUAGGAAGUGGCCCUUUGUCGUCAACAAUGUUCUCUUCAUUGUGCUCGAGCUCGGCACAGGCUUUUGUCAAACCUUCAAACAGUUCCUCGCAGUACGAGCCCUCUUUGGAAUUGCCAUGGGUGGCUUGUAUGGAAAUGCUGCAGCCACUGCAUUGGAAGAUUGCCCUGAGGCUGCACGUGGUAUCAUAUCGGGUAUGUUACAACAAGGCUAUGCUUUUGGCUAUCUGCUGGCCACCGCUUUUGCCCGCGCUCUGGUCAACACUACACCGCACGGGUGGCGUCCGCUAUUCUGGUUCGGCGCAUGUCCCCCAGUCCUCAUCAUCCUCUUCCGUCUCUGUCUCCCCGAAACCAACACCUUCCGAGCUCGCCAAGCCGUCCGUGAGCAACAAGGCAGCCUUGCAGCAACUUUUAUCUCUGAAGGACGGGUUGCUUUGAAGCGGCACUACCUUCUGCUGGUGUACUUGAUACUACUGAUGUCUAUGAUGAACUAUCUUUCGCACGGCUCGCAAGAUAUUUUCCCUACUAUGUUAAUCAACCAAUACGGAUACUCGCCAAAUGCGGUGACGGUCGUACAAGUAGUUGCGAAUUUGGGAGCGAUGAGUGGGGGCACGAUUGUGGGAUACUGCUCACAGAUCUUUGGCCGACGGCUCAGCAUCAUCUUUAUUUCUGUCAUUGGGGGCGCUCUUCUCUACCCGUAUACAUUCGUCAGUUCCAAAGGCCUCAUUGCAGCGGCAUUUUUCCAACAGUUUUGUGUGCAAGGAGCAUGGGGCGUCAUUCCAAUCCAUCUCAUGGAACUGUCACCUGGCUCGUUCCGCACCUUUGUGGUCGGAACCUCGUACCAAUUGGGAAAUCUUGCGUCAUCUGCAUCGUCGACCAUCGAGGCGACUCUUGGUGAACGAUUUCCGCUUCCACCACUGGAGAAGAGCGGCAAAACUGUCCAGAGGUACGACUACGGCAAGGUCAUUUGCAUUUUCCUAGGGGCUGUCUAUGGCGCAUUGAUUCUGGUCACUUUUGUGGGACCGGAGAAGAGAGGUCGAAAUUUGAACGUGGAGCACGACGUGGACAUGGCGGAGGUGACGCAUCAAAAUCUAAGGGAUACAGAACGCAACGAUGUCGACCGUGGCCCGGAGAGCAGUGAAGAUGAAAAGGCCGUCCGAAGGGAGGAUGAGAGGGUCUGACAAUGUGCAAUGCUGCAGCUAUCAUUGUUAAGCUGCCAUGAGCUCAAACGCCGGUUCGAACUAUGGUCUUCACAUAAGUGGUAUCCGAGGUUUGGAAAGCUAUUCAAGUGAUGAAAGAAGAGCAAUGUUGGUGGUGUGAUUUGGUUCGGAGACGCCGUGGACAUCAAUUUCAAUUGGCUUCCGCAGGACUUACGUUUCAAGGGAGUUCGGGUUGACUCUGGCAUGUUUGACAGCACUUCGGAAGUCUUUCAAGACCCUUUAAAUUCUGCUUGACAAAAUGGGGACGUUUACCCAUCCAUGCGAAGAUGAGUACUGGUCUGUGCCUGAGAGAGGCC